CAAGGAAGUAGCCAUUCACAGCAGGGAAUUAUCCAGCGAGUCAAACAUAUAUAUAUAGCUUAAAUCUCUGCUGACGAUUCUUCAGCCAAAGCAGCAUCUAUGUUUUUAUGAUACCUGCUAAGGAAUGGCAUCAAAAACUCUUUAUUCGGAAAGGGACCCAAUGCUAAAGAGAGAUGGCUUUGAAGACAUUUUAGAAGAGAGGAGGAACUCCAGCGACUUGAAGUACGCGUUGAGGUGCUAUGCACCGGUUCUUUACAAGGGAGUCACUCCCUGCAAAGCAAACAUGCUCAAGAAUAUCGUUCUCCAAUCUGAUCAGCUACACUAUGUCAUUAAUCAAGUGUCACAAGAGUCUGGCGAGGCCCCUGACAUCAUCCAAGAAGAGGCCUCUGUCAUUCUGGAGGAGAUGGCCCACCGGCUCCAGAUCAGCACCGUCCGCUUCUUUGCCUUCGCUCUUAGUAAGGCCUUCAAAACCCUCUUCCAACAUGUCUGUGUCAACGAGGAGGGCAUCCAGAGACUCCAACAGGCCAUCCAGGAGCAUCCGGUGGUGUUGCUCCCCAGUCACCGUAGUUACAUGGACUUCCUGUUGAUGUCCUACAUCCUAUACACCUAUGACCUCGCCCUGCCUGUCAUCGCUGCAGGCAUGGAUUUCAUGGGGAUGAAGUUUGUUGGUGAGAUGCUCCGGAUGUCAGGAGCGUUCUUUAUCCGGCGCUCGUUUGGAGGAGACAAACUGUACUGGGCUGUGUUCUCAGAGUAUGUGAAGACCAUGCUGAGGAAUGGAUUUGCACCUAUUGAGUUCUUCUUAGAGGGUACAAGAAGCCGAACAUGCAAGUCCCUCACCCCUAAAUUAGGAUUACUGAAUAUCGUGAUUGAACCAUUCUUCAAAGGAGAAGUGUUUGAUGUCAACCUAGUGCCUGUCAGCAUCAGUUAUGAGAGGAUACUAGAGGAAUCUCUCUAUGCCAGGGAGCUCCUGGGAGUGCCCAAGCCUAAGGAGUCCACCUCUGGACUGUUGAAAGCCAGGAGAAUCCUCAGUGAAGACUAUGGCAGCAUUCAUGUGUACUUUGGCCAACCAGUGUCAGUACGGAGUCUGGCCCAGGGCAAGGUCAACCGCUCUACCUACAACCUUUUCCCAAGACACAUCCCUAGGAAGCCCAUGGAGGAGACCCAGUCAUUUGUGAAUGACACUGCCUACAGGAUAGUGCGUCUGCAGGAGGACAACAUGGUGCUGAAGCCCUGGGUCCUGAUGGCCUCCCUCCUCCUGCAGAACCUGGAGGGCCUGGAGCUGUCUGUGCUGACAGAACAGACCAUCUGGCUCCGAGGCCUAGCCCUGUCUUAUGCUGCCUUCCUGGACUGGCCUGACCAUGCUCCCACAGCGAAGGUGGUGUCGUCCAGCCUGGCUCUCCACAGGGGCUUGGCGUGUGUCUCAGGGGGCCGGGUUAGUCUGGUGGUAGGGGAGCCCCUGGGCCCGGUGACCCCAGAGGAGGCUCUCUUUAACAGAGCCGUCAGCGUGCUCUCCUGUGCCUCCUACAGGAACCAGGUCCUUCACGUGUUCCUCCGGCCCGCCAUGCUGGCUGUGGCCAUGCACACUGCAGCCUCCUCUAAGAAGAAUGAAGUGUACAACUGCUUCAGCUUCCUUUGGGACAUGUUCUCCAAUGACUUCAUCCUCUGUCCUGGGGACACUGUCCAGGACUUUGAGGAGGCGUGUUACCUGCUGGUGAAGACUGGUGCUGUCCAGAUGGCGCAGCAGGACAUAGUGAUGACAGACAGAGGUCAGCCCACCCUCUCCUUCUUCAAUGGUCUGCUGGAACCAUUCCUACAAGGCUACCAGGUGGUGUGUCGGUACCUCUGUGAGGAGGCCAGUGAGGGCCUGACAGAGAAGCAGUACAUCCCUGCUGUCCGCAGCUUCGCUGUCAAACUCAUCCUAGCAGGAAACCUGAGGUGCUAUGAGGUGCUAUCGUCAGACAUGCAGAAGAAUGCUCUUGCCGCUUUGCUGCGUAUGGAUGCUGUAAGAAAGGUCAAAGUAUCUGAUCAAGUCACUCUCAUAGUGAACAAGAUGGCUGUGAACUCUAUAGACAAUAUACUGGGAGGCAAACUUCCCACUCAGAAAGCGCUCCUCGCUCGACUGUAGUUCACUCACUUCGCGGGCCAAUGAAAACUCUGGAGAGUAAACUCUGCCUUCAUUACCAUAAUGCCAAAUUUUCCAGGAGAGCAUAGCUUUGCUGACUACAAAGGUUGUUUGUCAUAGUUUUUUUUAAAGGAACCUCACUGGUUUGCCAUCUGGGACACUGUUUUCACACACACAUGCUCUUCAAAAUUUUUAUAUGACAAAUAACACCAAAAUACUUAGUUCGUGUGAGCGAAGAUCUAAAAUAUGUGUCUGUCUAGAGACAUUUUACAUUUCCAAGGUUGCCAAAGUAAUUUAAAUAGUAACCAUUUUAAUUAACAUGUUUUGUGCAAUCCUGUUUGUUUUCUAACACUGCUUGGACUCAUUAUCUUCAUUUGUUAUUUUGGUGUUAUGGCGUCUGAUGUGGUAUUGCUGCUUGUGUAGUCUGUUAGUGUUUGUAUUGUGUUUGUGUUGGUGUGGACCUCUCCCUUUCUCCUCCUCUGGGAUCGUUGCCUUUGUGUGUUUUUCAGAGAAAUCAUUGUUACAAAAAUGGGGUCGCAUCAUGUUGUUUACAGACCGAAUUGAGGAUACCAGCCUAUUUAUGCAACGUUAACACUGGGUAGAUAAGAAAUUGUAUUUACUAUAUUUUAUUAUAUCAUAAAAACAGAUUUGGAGUAGAAACACCCCCUCUCAUGAUCAAAGCCAAAGAGUUUGGGAUUUCAUCAGAUAUGCUGAUGGUAUAAUAUCCAAACAUGAGAGCCAUAUGUUGUUUACAUCUGUUUUAUACACAUGUGCAGCGCUACAUAUCCAACUGCAUCAUUGUUACUCUGAUAUAGGAUGCCUAUUGUGGAAUACUCAGUUACAUCUUAAGACCUAAGAUCACAAAGGUAACCUGACCACUGAGGAUUUGCCGUAAUCUCUCCUUUCCUAUACUUCCUGGUUUGUUUAUUGUGACCGAAGUAUGUUUCUGAACUGUUUUGAUAUGACUGUUUACAAUGCGGAUUUGACAAAAACAUGAAGAAUGUGACCACGAUCUCUGUUACCAAGUGCAGUAGAUGCUUUGACUGCUGGUCUCCUGCCAAAGUAUACAUGUCUAUGUUACCCUACCAUUCUGUCAUGUACAGUAGGGUGCAAUGUGUAUGUGUUUUUGAUGUGGAAUUAAUGUUGUUCUAACAUUAAUGACUACUGUUGUCGUAAUGUAACAUUGAACUAUAUGACAGUGUGUGGCAGUUAACUGUGAUCAAUGAUGCUUUUUGAAGUAAAUCUACAGGCAGAAUAAAGAAUUUGAAAUAAUGGUA